AUGCCAGGAAGUCGUGGAGGUCCCAGAGUCGGGUUUGCUCACUGGUGUGCAGGUAUUAUUCCACCGGUCGAUGUGGACCAUGUGCGAAAUGAAAUGAGUCUCGUGAACUACAGCACGACUAGCGGAAAAAAUUACGAUUUGGAGACUAUCAAGAAGGCUUUGUAUGCAAAGUUCUCUGAGCUCGAGCAGAAUGACAGAAAUUGGCGCGAGCCCUGUAAUCUAGAACCGGGCAUGCUUCGCGGGAUAGAGGAAGGCCUCACCAUGAGGAACGUUGUCCUGAUGCGUCAGAAAAAUACAUCG